AUGGAGCAAAUCGAGCAGCGUGCCGUCAUUAAGUACCUCCAUAAGAAGGGGCUAUCAUCAAAAGCCAUCCAUGAUGACAUGGUCAGUACAUUAGGCGAUUGUGCUCUGUCAUAUUCAUCCGUCAAAAAAUGGAUAGCAGUAUUUAAUCGUGGUAGAGAGAGUGUGAAAGAUGAACCCCGCUCUGGAAGGCCUUCGACGUCAACUACUGACGAAAAUAUUGAAAAAGUACUUGAUUUAAUAAUGGGAGACCGCAGAUUAAAAAUUAGAGAGAUAGCAGAGAUUAUAGGCAUCUCUUAUGAACGAACUCAAAACAUCAUUGUCAACGAGUUGGGUUUCCACAAGGUGUCUGCGAGGUGGGUUCCGCGACUGCUUUCAGUUGAACAAAAAAGGACGCGAUUGACUAUUUCACGCGACUGUUUGGAGUUAUUUGAAGCCGAUGCAGAUGAUUUUUUGAAUCGUUUUGUUACUAUGGACGAAACAUGGGUUCAUUACUGUACACCGGAAACAAAACAACAAACAAAACAGUGGAGAAGACCUGGUUCACCACCCCCUAAAAAGGCUAAGUCGAUUUUGUCGGCAAAUAAGGUGAUGGCUUCAGUAUUCUGGGACUCGAAAGGUGUGAUUAUGAUUGAUUAUCUUGAAAGGGGUCAGAAUAUAAACUCUGAUUACUACUGCACCUAA